AUGGAUGCACUGGAAGCACAGACCUCAGCAGAACGUCUACCAAACGUUGAAACCUUUCAAGCAGCAGGAGCCUCCUUUGAAGAAUUAACUAUUAGCGAUGAAUCAGCAGCGAUCAAGAACUCAUCGGACACAAAAUGCGGUCGUCAAUUGCUCGACAGAGAGGAAAUCUGUGGAUCCCUAGAAAGUUGCGAAGAAACGAAAGUGAAGCUAUCGAGCGAUCUCGAGUCCACCGUCGAACAUGAUGCACUCGGCGAGAUCAAUCGUCAUCUUGCGAGCGCUCUAACGUCCGAACUGCAGUCGCAAAUGCAACUACGGCUUUGCAUUGAGGCUGAACGAGAUUGGAUGGCGGCAUGUCAAGCGACCAAUCAGAUUGCAGCUUGUGUUGUGACUGAUGGCGGGCUGAUGAUGAGCAAGUUUGACACCGAUGACGUCGACAGUGAACCAUUGGCUCAUAAACUUGUACUCGAAUGUGCUGUUAGCUCCGAUCUGCAGGAGCCGAUGACUUCCAGUGCUGCUUGUUUGCUACCGGGUAACACAGCUGGGAUCGAAGGUGGCUGUGAGAGCGAAGAUAAAGCCGAUAAUAGAUUUGAUUAUUUUCAGUUGGUGACUGAUGAGGAGGGAGCUGAAGUGGAGACGACUGAUGAUGGUGCAACUAACAUGCUACAAGAGCGUGUGAUAGAUAGGUCACAGCACGACGAGCUGUUGUCGUCUGAUGACGUAGUAACAAUGGUUGAGUCUGACCGACAACACAAUGUAAAUACAGAGGAAGCUGCGACAAUUACUUUCAGUGAUGAUGUUGAGAACAUUUCUGGAUCUGAAGACAUAGAAUCCGAUGGUCAAACGGCAAGUGACAGAACUCUGGAUUUUCUUUCGAAAGUAGUUACUGGAGAUGCGACUGAAUUUUUGGUUUCACUUGAGCAUUCUGACAGUGAUCAUAGCAGCAAUGAUUCUAUGGAUCCAAUCGGGCCUCACAUUGUUUCAGACGUUGACACUGUUGUAACUGGCGAUGACAAGUCGGAAGCAAUAUACAAAACAGAACAUGUAGAAGUUGUUUUCAUAGCUGAAGGUGAAGAAUCGAUGCCAAUAGAGCAGGCCGUGUCACUUGAUUCCAGUUCAUCUAAUGACGAUUUACAUGAGAUCACCAACACAACAGACACGGCCACUUGUUACAAUCUGGUAUCUACUCUGGAUACAAACGGUCAGGAAGAAAGUUACAAUGCGUACGAAGCUCAAUUGACUACUGAUACAAAAGAUGGAGAUUUGAGAAGCUUAGAAAUUGACAACGAGAACAUACAUCUAAAUGAGACUGAAAACGCUUACACUGAAGGCCACAAUCAUCACCUCGAGGAAAGUGCUAUAGAGUCAGUUGUUGAGCCGUUGCUUCCACCAGAACCGAGUCGAUCGACUGACAUCACUUCUCAUCCUACUAUCAUUGUGCCAUGGCUGAUGCCGAGGUCACUGGAAGAGAGCAACAAGAUGUUAAGGGAUGAGAGAUCGCAGAGGAUGAUGCUGGAACAAUUGAAUAAUAUCACACAGCAGGAGUGCAAUGGUCUGAGAGCAUUUCUAGCUCGAGAAACAACAACAAGAAUGAAAUUAGAGACGCAAGUAGCUGAUCUUAAGGUAGAGCUGAAAUCGUCUCAGAAAGAAGCUGAAGAAGCACAUGAGCGCAUUCGUGAACUCGAAGGGAGUCUACAAGGCACUAUGGUCUUGGUAAAAAAACUGGAGGAACAAUCGUCUACGUCUCUACUGUCAAGAGGAGGUAUUGAUUACAUGCUAGAAGCUAAGUUGGCAACCAAUAGAGCCCUUGAAGCAGAGCAGAAGCAUAUGAUGCUGCAGUCGGAGUUGCUUCAGUCUCAAGGAGAAGUCAAGCGGCUUCUUGACAGUCUGACGGAAUUACGUCAAGAGAGAUCAGAGAUGGUUUCCGGUCGAGUUCAUAAUGAACUCAUGAAGAUAGCUGAUGAUAAAGCGCGUGCAGCUGAGGCAAAAGUUGCUGAGAUGCAGCACGAAAUCGACGAACUAAAGGCAAAGGUGUCAGAAAACUCAUCACUGUACGAUCAGAUGCGAGCAAAAUCAGCAUUUGAUGUCACGCCUUCAGAUGGGCUUUCAUAUCCAAGUUCAUUGAGUUACCUUCCUCGUGUGACCUCCUCGUACUCAUCUUCAUUGACUGGUUUUUCAUCGUCUUCAUUUACUGCAUUUCCUUCUGUGUCGUAUCCAAGCAUCUACUCUGGUAGCAACAGUCUUCUAUUCCAACCGUUGACAUCUGAAAGCGUGAAGCCAACUAGUGGUGUACCAUUUUCUUCGUACAAGUCCGACUUUUACAAUAGCGAUGCAAGAAUGGCUACAUCUAUGGCAACAGAAGAGAAACCAAGCGACAUGAAAGAAAACAAGAUGUUUGGUAGGGAGGAAACUGCAUCACGUGCCAGACAACGAGAGCAAAGCAAACCACCACCACUAUCCCCCAAGCCAGUACGGAAAAGAGUUAGCUUUCAAGAUCCACCUGCUACUAAGAGUAACGACAACGCACAUGAAGUCGAGUUGCCUUUAUUAAGCUCCAGUCUUCCUGAUGUGGAACCAUCCUAUGGAGAUAUUUCAAAACCUCCACCUACUGAAUUUACUCCAGCUGUAAACAAAGGGCACAGCAGUAACGAGGAUGACUCAGAUGCUUCUAGUGAUUGGUCGAGUGAUGAGGAUUCAAUGUUGGUUGCAGCUGGGCCACCGGCUGUUGAUCCUCAUACGAAUCUUGUCGCCAAAUGGGAAUGGCGAGCAACUCAUGGUAUGGAAUUCGAAAACGCGGGACCAUCUAAGAUGUCACCUAGUCAAGAAAGGAAGACGAUCGAGCUUAAGCAAUCACCAAAACAAGAAAGAAGGCCUCCAACACAGGAACAGGAACUCAAAGACAAGGCUGCCCUACCAAGUGUAUCUUCACCGAUUAAGAGCCAUCGCCCUCCUAUUGCUCCAAAGCCAACAGUGAAGCCAAAGGCUUUAUUCCAUGCCUUUCAAAGAUCGCGAAGCAGUGAAAUCAUGCUGAUGGAGAAUGGAAUCUCAUUUGAAGAUGAUCCGAACUCGUUCCUGAGAGUCCCUUCGCUCACACGAAAUUUUUCUCGGCCACGAGGACCUGCCAAUCGAAAGCGACCAUCUAGAUUUGUAAAUAAAUAACUGAUUCAAACUGCUGCUUAAUUAAUUAAUUAAUAAUUAAUUUAUAUGUUUAGUUUUUUAGUAAAAAUUUGAUAUCGUAGGGUAUGGUAGUAGUGAUUGCAUAAACACAAUAGAAACAAGUUUGACAUACUAGCAAUGACGUCAUCCAGCGUUCUAUAUUUCUAUAUGGUUCGGAAAAAUAUCUACAUGUAAUUAUUUUAGUCUAAACAAUAUAUGU